CUCCAGUCCGCUUUCUUUACAAUUGCUUGCUCUUCUUCAUGUGUCCAGUCUUGCUCAGGGUGGAGAUCACGCUCCCGAGGUGACGGGGAAUCGUAUGCCUUCUCGACAUGGUCGACAUCGUUCUUCUCGUCAACAAGCAUGGCUGGAUCGUCCUCAGCUUUGUACUGCUUCCAUCAUGCGCGUAGUAGCCUGUUUGCACCUUUACGAGACAAGUCCACUCCUGGCAUGAAUCAGACGGUCGUUAAUUCCGGCGUGACACUGACGGCAGAGAGUGGAUUCUCGACAUUGUGGAGCAAAGAGAUGCCGGUCGGUAGAGUACUAUCGAAUCACAUCACGCGUCGAGCGCUACAUGCAGAAUAGUCAAGCUUGGCCAUCGCCUGGCAAUCAUACUCUCCCCAUGUGCCAAGCACGUCCCCCGCACUCCUCGCGGGAUAAGCAUAUCAGGAAUCUGGGGUGCGAAAAUUACCGGGGUAAAAGUCACAUAGCCUAUCUCAACAUGCUACGACUUCAGAUGCAACCCGCUGACACAAAGCUCGGUACCGAUAGAGUUGCCUCUCCAUGCGUUGGCUGUUUGUGUUGUACUAGCGCGAGUCAACAGCAGCGACUCGAUCACAUACCAAUGAUCGCGCUUCACAUUUCGCAAAGCAUACACGUCUUGUGGUUCUUUCUACAUUCUCCAAUGUGGGGUCCCACUGCGACAGAGAUAACGCCUAUUAUGGGCAAUAAAUCCUCUUCAGUGUCUUUCAUCGUUGUCUACACAAAUGUCAAGAUUGGAAAUUACGGGAAAUUACGGGAAAAACGGAAACCUACAGAAAGCCUCAAGCGCUCUUUCGCUUCAAGAGAAGGGGUUAUUCCUUAUUCCUACAAUUCGUCAUCGACUUCGAGUCAGUUUGGGCAUGUCGUUACUGCUAGUUAUAAGAAGGUCGUUCACAAGUCCGCUUCGAUUGGUGCCGAAUCAAGUACCCAGAGAGUCAACACCCUUCUCCGUCCCGGGUAGAUCUCACUUCAGAGAACUUCAAUUCUCUCACUGGGUUUAUCAGGUGAGUUCUGCCACAUUGCGGGAAGUUCGAACAAGAGAGCAGCACGCAACAAAGAGACCUCCAAAGGUUAUAGCGAUUUCUAUGUGCUUCGUACUCGCGUCAGCUACCCAGUUCCGACAUCGUACAUUCACAAACUCCGUUAAGUUCCGCAUCGGUUCGCUACUUGACCAAGCGAUUCAGUGAUGUUUCGGUCACGUCGGCUAGGCCAUCUGCGGUCGUCACACUUGCCUUAGACUAGAUUUAUCUGCCAGGACACAUCGAGAAACUAAGCAAAGCAAUACUCAAACGUAGCUGUCAGGUAUGGACGGUACGUGUUGACUGUUGAGGCCUGUGUCUCUAGAUCUCCAUCAAGGUGGGUCCCUUUGCUAUACCUAAUAUCUUCAAACCCUGGCAGUACUUCGCAAG